CGCUCGAAUGAGGCUGGACAGUUGGGUUUUGGUACCAUAGACGCAGGUUGCGCUGGACAUCCUUUCACGUUACCCCCCCUUUGCUCGAAGGGAGAUGGACAGUUGGGCACCUAGUGCCACUCUAUGCUACAACAAGUGCUCAAGCUUGUUUAUGCAAAUCGACAUCAUCAUGUCGUCAGCUUGGGCGGUGUCAUGCUUGGUGACAGAGGAGAGUCCAGAAGCGGAACACUCUAUAAAAAGAGACGCAACACUCCUGUUAACGACUUGCCUACUGCUUGAUAAAUUUCCAAUGUCCGUAAAUCCUUGGGGCUAUAAGCCCGAAGAGUUGAGACCAAUGGGCAGGCAAUAUAUAAGCUGGUGUAGUAACCGACUGUACGGUGGCACGUUCCAUCCUCGGUAAAAUCUGUAGGGCGGAGAGUUUAU